AUGACCAGAGUAAAUCGUCAAGUGUAUUUCGUCAAGCGUCCUGCAGAAGGUCUGUUCGACCCAAAAGAGACGUUUGAGCUCCGAAAUGGAACCAUUCCAGAACUCCAAGAUGGAGAUGUCCUUGUCAGAACUGUUUUGCUUUCAUUGGACCCAGCAAUGCGAACAUGGAUGAGUGGUGGAGACCGUUCUUACACCACACUACCUGAGAAUAUCAUUAUGCGAGGCUCAAUUGUCGGAAUCGUUGUCGAGUCCAAGGAUGCAAACUACGCUGUUGGUGACCGGGUUAUUGGAGGUCAUGGAUGGCAAGACUAUGGGGUUUCAAAAGGAAACGCCUUGAUCAAGAUCCCAGCGAACACAUCUCUCGAGCACUCCAUGUCUGUACUUGGUGGUGUUGGAUUAACAGCUUAUUUCGGACUUAUCCGAAUUGGCAACCCCGUUAAAGGCGACACAGUCGUUGUUUCCGCUGCUGCUGGAGCAACCGGUUCUAUUACUGUCCAAAUUGCAAAAAUUCUGGGCUGCAGAGUUGUGGCCAUUGCUGGAGGGCCUGAUAAGUGUGCUUGGGUUAAGAGCUUGGGAGCUGACGUCUGUUUGGACUACAAAGCAAAGGACUUUGCUGAACAAUUGACUGCUGCAACACCUAACGAAAUCAACGUGUACUUUGAUAACACUGGUGGAUCUAUCCUUGACUUAUGUUUGUCGAGAUUGGCUAUGAAGGGACGCGUAGUGCUUUGUGGAGCGAUUGCCACUUAUAACGAAAAAGAGGUCGUUGGGCCAUCCAAGUACUUGGCUCUCCUCUUCAAGAGAGCGCGUAUGGAGGGUUUCAUUGUAACGGACUUCCUUUCCGAGUUCGACCAAGGACGACAGCAGUUACAGACCUGGUUGUCUGAAGGUAAAAUCAAGUCUACAACAACGAUAGUCGAUGGACUUGAGAAUGCGCCUGCUGGCCUGCUGAAAUUGUUUACCGGUGAUAACACGGGUAAAUUGAUGGUAAAGGUCUCUGACGAAUGA